CGGUAUUUAAUUUAAUUUUAAACUUAUUCCCGUGAAUUUUCCCUCUGACGGUCUGACCUGCCUAUUUCCAUAUGAAACCCUAAAAAUCGCGCGAAAUGUCCACACACUUCUCUCGUCUUCUUCAAUAUUCAAGCUACAGUCACCAGACUGUGAGGAGUUUCUAAUGAAGCUGUGGGAUUGAUCCAUCGAAUCGGUCUUAGGGUUGGAAAACGCCGGCCCGCGUCUCUCCUUGUAAUCAUCAUCAAGAACAGGGUUCCUAGAAUGGAGAAAUUUGCCGGUGGUAAUGCAACGACGGACAACGACCGCGAGUUAGGGAUAGCUGGGAAAAGGCACCGUGAAGAAGAAGGUACUACUGUUCCUACUGACAGGUUGAGCAUUCUUCCGGAACCCAUUCUUUCGAACAUCCUCUCAUUUCUUAACACUAAAUCAGCUGUUCAAACCUGCGUACUGUCCCGCUCAUGGAGAUUCACCUGGAAACAUAUCCCUGUCCUCAAUCUUCGCCGAGAUUCCUUUCUAGAAUAUUGUAAUUUCCGUAGGUUUGUGGGCAAGGUUUUAUCUUUCCGGUAUCCCCAUAAUGCUCGCAAGAUCAGCUACACAGACGAUGAGGGGUCAGAGGAUAGAGACCGUAUUCGGUUGAUUAGGGCCAUUGAAUAUGCGGCCUCUCAUGACACCGAACAUCUAGUCAUUGAAUUGAAAGAUUAUGCUAAAGAAAAUUUCAGAUUCUCUGAGCUGUUCAACUCAAUCUCGAACUCCACUCUCAAAACACUGGAACUAGGAGGUGUUGCACUGGAUCGUGGGUUUGAAUCCCCUAGUUUUCGGUGGGUGACGACUUUAGAUUUGAACCGCUGUAUGCUGUCUCAUAAUAAGAAAUGGGAUGCUGAUCCUUUCUCUAAAUUCCCCUGUCUGGAGAAUCUUGUGUUGAAUGAUUGCCUUUGCAUCUCUGGACAGAGUCUCAUGGUCUCUGGACUCAAUUUGAUUAGCCUGAAACUCAUAGAUAUGGGUUUUAGCAAGAUUGAAAUAUUUGCUCCAAAACUCAAGUCUUUUAGCCUUUGGAGUGAUGGGACACCUGCAGGUUUUUCAACUUUCGACCUUCCUUGCCUUGAUCAUGCCUAUAUUCAAGUUUUUGAUCCUUCCAUGGAGGGUAGAAAGGUGUUAGUGGAGCAACAUUUGACUGCCUUGUUUGAGGGUUUGCGUAAUGCAAAAUCUCUGGCGCUGCACUCCUGGACCACUCAGGUGUUGAGCGACUUUGAUGGAUUUCUCGAACAACCCUCUCCCUUUACUAGAUUGGAGUCCUUGUUUCUAGAGUCCAAACAUCUGCCUCACAAAGUGCUCAACUACUUUCUCAAAGGACCCACUGUAGAACCAAAAGUUGAGUUGUUGCGGAUGUAGGAAUUCACUGCUUUGCCAUGGUCUUUGAUCGUUGGAUUUAGCAGACGCAAGCUGUUUUGGGCUGCUUCGACAACUACGAGUCUUAUCUUUAUACCUGCCAAGGAGCUUGGAGCUGCUGUUUCUUUUUUCUGCCUUUGCUUCUAUAGAAAGUGCCCCUUAGGGAGGUUAAUCCUACGUUAGUUCUGUGCCAGGUAAACUGAAUUAUGUUCUAAUGUGGGCUCUACUGCUGAAGUUAAGUUGUAUGUAUGUGCUGGUAUUGCCAGUUUGUAUGUUUGAAUAGUGUGUGGUGAGUUUCUAACAUGAUGAUGGGAUGCCAUUCCAUUACAGAACCAGAAUACUGGAAUUUGUGAAUAUGUACAUGUCGUACGGUUUCUUGCCUGUUCAGUAUUUAUGGUCUUAGUGACUUUGUAUCUGAUGAUUGACGGUGUUUUGCUGUGGCGUUGGAAGUUUUGUGUCAUUGUCAUUCCCUCGGCUCACAUGUCUUUGCGUUCAGACUCUUGACUUCAUCACUUUCGCCAAUGUCUGUACGAAAGUUCCCGAGCAAUAAAAGGGGCAGGAUUGCUAAAUCUUCAACUCUAUCCUGCUGCGUUUGAAUGCUACUGUAUUUUCAUGGUGGCCUUAGUUGCUUUCUACAGACAUAUCAAAUCAUCAAUGGCAUGGAUGACUUCGUAGCUGGACUACACAAAUUUGGAGAAGGGAGUUGAUUUGCAGAACUAAGUGAUAUCUCAGCCUGGAAUUCUCGACCCUCAAGAAUGAUUGCAGGGCCAUGUGCGGGACGUCUAGUGAAUUAUGUUGGAAGGUGAAUUCUUGCUCGUUGAUUUGGUUCCCAGAAUUGCAAUUAUCCAGAAGAAAGCGAUGAACUUGGACAAAUGCAAAUUAGGGGAAGCUGGAAAAAGGACCCUGAAAGAAGUAGACACUACUACUAGUGUUACUGAAUACUGACAGGUUAAGCCAUCUUCCGGAACCCUUUAUUGAUCACAUCCUUUCGUUCCUCGACACCAAAUGGGCUGUUCAAACCUCUGUAUUGUCUCGGGCAUGGAGGUUCGCCUGGAAACAUGUCCCUGUCCUCAGUCUGCGUAGUGAUGACUUCCAAGAAUAUUGGAGUUUCGUAAUGUUUGUGGAUGAUGUUUUGUCCCGCCGCCAUAACCUUACUGUCUGGGAGGUCAGUUACCAAACCCACAACGACCCUGAAGACAGUAUUAAUUCCGAGGAGGAACGAUGUGCUAGUAUGUGUCCCAAGGUAAUCGAAUAUGCUUUAUCCCAUGCUGCUCGGUAUCUAUUUAUUGACCUGGAAAGCCCUAGGGAAUGGGGGCGCAGUUGUGAAUUCGUCGAACUGUUUGGCUCAAACUUGAUCUGCAAUCUCAAAUCUCUAAGUGUUAAAAUGGGUUAAUCUUGACAACGGAUUUGGAUCUUCUGGUUUCGGACUGCUGACAACUCUACAUCUACGAACUGCAUGCUGAGCUCUGGUCCGGAGGACCUUGUUCCCUUUCCUCGAUUUCCUCGUCUGAAGAAUUUAACCAUGGAAGGUUGCUACCACGAAUCAGCUGUCAAGAUAUCUGGACCACAACUGGGUAGGCUGAAAUUGUAUAACGUGUCCGUUUACAGGAUUGUAAUAGUUGCACCGAAACUCAAAUUUCUUAUUGUCCAUGGAAUGAUGAAGUUUUCCGACUUAAGCCUGCCUUCCCUGUAUCAUGCUGAUAUUUCGUUGGGUUCCACUUACUCGUACGUGUAUAACAAGGAAUUGUUGAUUCGACAUGUGUUAUCCUUGUACCGAGGUUUAAGUAAUGUGAUAUCUCUCCUGCUGGAUUCCUAUAUCAUUCAGGUAUUGAGCAAAAAUUAUGAGCUUCUGGAACAGCAGCCAUCUACCUUCACAAGAUUGGAGUCCUUGAUUGUGGAGGCUGACAGUUUACCACAUGCAGUGGUCAAUUGCUUUUUUAAAGGAACUUCAUGUCCAGAACCAAAGCUCGAGUUCCUUUAG